GAAUCCAUUAAACCUCUUUUUCUGUGCAAAUUACCCUGUCUCAGGUAGGUCUUUAUCAGCAGCGUGAAAAUGGACUAAUACUAUUGGUCAGCUCUCCUUCGAUGAUGUGGUGUCUGGUGAAGUUUGUGGUUAUGGGCCUUUUACUAUAUCUGCAAAGGGGAGGAGGGGGAGCUCAUUCAGCUUCCAUCUUCCUUAGAAAUAGACUUUUCCUGUCACCCGCAUGUCUGUCUGGGACCUGUACUCAGAGGAUGCCCCGCUUGGUGCGUGUGGCAAAGCUCAAGGUGAGGUCUCUGGGGCAGGCUAUUUUGCAACGUCCUCAAGGCCUCUGUCUCUGCUGAAUGUGAAAGUCGAGUGUGCUUAGCUAGCUGUGUGGGAGUUUUCAGCGUGCUAGCAAAUCCUCCUCGUUGCUUCAGGGCUGGAGGCAGCUGAGAUGUGUGUGAGCGCUUUCUGUCAAGUUUCAAGGUGUCUCCUACCUCCGUCUGGUGGAGCCUUGGCUGUUGUGAGCGAAGAGGCUGUGAGAACCUCAGGCCUUUGAUCUUACCUUGGAUCUGUGACUCCACCACCAAGUCGCUGAAAGUUAACAAGAUGUACCCACAUGAACCUUUCAGUGCACAGAUUGUCAAAAACUCUAAGAAUAUUGUUUGCCCAUUUUAAGAAAAUGCUCACAAAUCAGCUGCCCCACUACCCCCUUUUUAGGCAUUUAACAAUAUUCUGGUUAUAGGUCUUUAACUACAAUUUGCAUAAUGUAAACAUAUGACUGACUCUUAUAAAUCUGUUUCUCAUUUGUAUUGGACUUAAUUUUUUUUUUGUUUUCAAGAAUGUACUAUAAUAAAUAUUCAUAAACUCCAAGACAUCUCACUAUGGACCCUUCGUUAUAUAUAAUAGCACUUUAAAUAACAUUUCGAAAUGUUUUCCUACUGCUGUGGGCUCAGUUGUGUUGGCUGUGAUUUUGCAUGGUUUCAAAAACAGCACUCAGGUGUUCCUGGAGCCCCAAGCUCUUCAAUCUGGGAUUUGGAAGCACACAUGAGUUCUUUCCCAAACACAUCACACACUUCCAGAGCAUGUCUUGUGGCUUGAAGCAUGUGGACUGUACAACAGCCGAUGGUAUCAGGGACCCUCUUCACAGCUUUGACAAAUGUGUCACCUCGCCUCUUUGCUUAGCUGUGACCGUGGAGAAUGCUAUCGCUGCUUCCUUUGUCACUUUCUUGGAGAAGUUAUAUUUGUGAAGGCCGUGCAUGUUUGUUUGUUUCAAUGGAAGAUGAAGGAAUCAGAAGCUGUUUGGUCAGCCCUGGGUAUGAGUGAAUUAUUGAUAAGGUGGUUGAAUCCAUCACAGUAACUUCCAAUAACUCCGCAAGCAAAUGAAAAACAUCCUGGAAUUGUGAAUUCCCCGGUGGCAAGUGGUCAUCGUUUGUGGCCGUCUGCCAUCACGAUUUGUGGCUGUUUACAUAAAGGAAUCCUGGUGGUCCACGGAAGAUGCAAUAAGAACCUCUGAUCCGGCAAGAGAAGGGCUGAUGAAGGUUCAGUCAUUUGGGGAAAGGAUUGUGCUUUUCAUUCUAAACGUCAUUAUUUUUGGAAGAUUGGAGAGAAAUCUGGAUGACGAUGACAUGUUUUUUCUACCUCACUCUGUGAAGGAGCAAGCCAAAAUCAUGUGGAGACAUGGAGCGGCUGUUGGGUUUUACACAACCAAGAUGAAAGGCAGCCUGUGUGGCAGUGGCACAGGUGUGUGCUACCUGCUACCUGUCUUUGACACCGUGUUUGUCAGGAGGAAACACCGGCGCCAAGGCCUGGGAACGGCCAUGCUGCGGGAUUUCUGUGAGACAUUCCCAGAUGACGAGGCCCUGGGGGUCAGCUACCCAAUGUCCCCUGCUAUGUACCAAGUCUGUAGGCAGUUCCUGCUGGUCUGUCCAGAAGAGCGAGGGCGUUUGUGGGAGGUGAAGCCCCCAGGGGCCUGGGGCCAGCGCAUCAACAUCUGGCUAAAGGUUCAGCUUCAGCCAAGACUUCCAGACUCACACCCAGGAAAUUCCGAGGAGGAGGACGUCAGCCGUCAUGCGAGGACUUCUUGGAAUGACAGACCCAGACAGUCUGCCCCUGGAGACAGCAGCAAGCAGGAAGUGCAGGCAGAAGCCAGGCUUGGACACCUGCACAUCCUGAACGUCCAGCCCCAGACUGUGCGGGAUGACCCCAUUACCGUAUUUAAUGUCUGUGGAUUCUUUUCUGACUUUAGGAGAGGACGCGUGGAGAAGAGUUGGAACACACAAAGAAUGAUCCAGACCGUGGAGCGGAGGAGGAGGACAUGGGGCUGGUGGGGCAGCCACAGGGCAAGCUUGCAAGGCCCAGUCCCUGAUGCCUCCGGAUGCCCAGGAUGCCCAUCUGGGCCAGGUCCAGAGGCCUGCCUGGGCUCCCAGGAUUCAGAUCUGAGACUUGUGUGACUGGAACGCACCUUUCCUGGGGAUCUUUGAUGGGCAGAUGACCCCGUGGACUCCAGUUACCUCUGAGGUAGGCUCAGGCUCUAGAACGCCUGCGAACGUGCUGCGCUCAGUGUACGACACUAUGCAACAGCAGGGAGAUAGUUCCCCAAGUUAAUGGCUGACAGUUCCUACAAAUUUCAGCAGCUGACUUGUUAAACCUAAUAUGGUUUCUGUUUCUCAGGAUAAAUUGGUGGGACUUCACUGGAACCACAGGGAUGUUUUACUGAAAGUACCUCUUUCCUUUUAGAAGUUUAAAGACGCUCCGGAAGGGGCCACACCCAUUUCAUCUAGGCUGCGGAAACCUAUUGCGGUUUUGUGUAUGCCAGCCCUGCCAUUGCUGUGAGAUCACAGACACCAAAGAGGUUUCCAGGGAGACACAUGUCCUUUCCAGGGAGGCUUCAGCCACAUCAGAAGUGCCUUGAGGGCAGGGGCAGGGGCUGGAUGGUGUCUACGGCAGGCCUGGAGCUUCCUUCUGGGCUGGUAUACAGGAGGUGCUCAGAGAGGGCUCUGCACAGCCUUCAGCCAUCAGCUUAGCUGGGAAGCAUUGGCAGGAAUUUGGGCAGAUGGUGCUUCUAGCAGAUUGGUAGCCUUAAGCAGAAAGGCUUGUGGUAGUAAAAGUAACUAAAAAUGACAACCUGGCUCAGAUGUGACAUUGGCUUCCCUCUUCUCAAAUGCUGAUGGAGCCCUGUUUGGUGGCUUGCGCCCGUCACUCUGGGAAUGCAGAGACAAGGACCUGCUCUCAGGCCCCAGCGCCCACAGGCUAGGCAGAGCUGUCCCAGGGCCGCCAGCCCUCCACAAGGGUGGGGCGCAAGUCCAGUUUCCUUUAGGGAACCCAGAGCCUGCUCCCCUAGAGCUAGGGCGGUGCUUUCUCUGCAACUGGCCCAGCCUCGCUGAUUUCAGUAGGAUUUUUUCCCAGAGAAAGCUGGUCAGGACAUUUUGAGGCAGAUGACCCAAGUUCUUGCCCCUGCUUUUGGGCAAAGGCAGAUCUGAUCCCAUUGCCGAGGACAUCCCCAAACCCACCUGUGCUCAUGACUGACUUUGUAGAAGCCAGGGGCCUGCUACCAGGGGCCCUGCUACCUCUGCUCCUUGCUGUUGGAGAUCAGCCGCAGGGUCAGCCCUGGGCUGCCUGAUUACCUCUCACAUUUCCAGUGCUACCUCAGAGCUGGCCCUCAGAAACUGUGGGGAAUGAAGGGUGACAGGUCACCUUGAGAGUGAGAGCCACACCUUUCCUCUCUUCUUUUGCUGCUGGAUUUUGGACAUAUUGACAGAGGAACAGGGUUUUACCUUUUUAGGGAUGUAAUAAAGGCCCUCCUGGAGCCUGAUGAGACCACCAGCAGUCCCAAGUUCUGGGAAUACAUCAGCUGUUCCCCUGAGCAGUCAAAGGACACACACGACCUUUUAUUCAUCCAUGCACCCAGCUGUCUGUCCAUCUGUCCGUCCAUCCAUCCAUCCAACCAUUUUGUUGUACAUCAGACAUUCAGCAUGCUUUCUCAGGGACAUGCUGUGUGAGGGGCACAGGAGAUAUAAGUGAGGUGUGGUUACUGGCCUCAGGAAAGUCUCUUAUUUUUGGAGGAGUCUCUUCUGGAGUGUUCUACUGGAGUUUUCAUCUCUCUUGCACCCAUUACAAAGACAGAGGGUCCAAUUGACCAGAAAUAGAGUUUAGAGCUUCAUCUGAAGACAUCAUGAAGCCUGGCCCCCGCCCUGCCCCUUACACAUGGGCUCUCUGUGCAGGCCGCACAGACUAUAAAAGUGGAGUUAAGUCUGCAGCCUACAGGAUGCCCUGUGUGUGGUGUCAGACGUAAUCUCUUUCACGUGGGACGUGUGUGCUGUGAGCAUUGUGCUAUUUGAGAUGAACGGUUAGUAUUUUGUGUUUACAUGAAAAUAAAUGUUUAUAGAUGUCUCAGGGGGUUGAUGAAGUUGCUGUUCAAUAAAAGAAACCUCUCAGGGAGGAACAGCUGAUGUGCUUAUGGCUUUAUUUAAGGGCAUAUGAACCGACCAUAUGAGUUAGAAGGAAAUGCCUGGAGCUGAGAGCAGUCUCCUGCCCAGUCCAUGUCAGCCCUGAGGCUAUGUGCAGGGGUCCCUUCCAGCAGUGUGUGCAGGACUCCCCAUAAUGCAUGUGUUUGUGUUGUGUUGUGUUGUGUUGUUUUUAUUAAGUCAAUUUUAUGUUUUGUUUUUCCA